AUGAGCUUUGAGGUCAAUUCUCUCGAGCAUACCAUUCGGGAGAUCUUGUCUGCCCCGGGUACCAACCUCGAGACGAUCAGCGCAAAACGCGUUCGGAAGCAGCUCUUGGAAUUGGUCCCCUCGCUCACACCGGAGUUGGUGAAGGAGAACAAGGACGAGAUCGAUGUUCUUAUUGGUGCUGUGUUCCGGCAGGUGAAGGACGAUGGAGAGGAGCCGGAAGAAGAUAGUCGUGCUCGGGGAGGAAAAAGGAGUAUGGACGGGGAGGACAGCACGAACGGAGACGUGUAUGAGGGCGAGGAGGAGGAAGUAACCCCACCUCCGAAGGCGAAAAAGGCGCGUAAGGGCGGUCUGACUGACGCAGAAUUAGCGCGGCAGCUCUCUCACGAGAUCAACGGUCGCCCUGCCAGAGCUUCCGCAGCGAGAGGCAGAGGCGGAGGUGCCAAGAGAGGCGGGAAGCGGGGUGCCAAGAGUGCUGCAACAGUGGACACCGAUGGUGAAGGUGACGAGGGCGGUGACAAGAAACCGAAGAAGAAGCGCGGCGGAGGAUUCCAGAAGGAAUACAAACUGGAUGAGCCCUUGUCCGCUCUCCUCAAUGUGGAGAAGCUAUCGCGUCCUCAAGUCGUCAAGCAACUCUGGGACUAUAUCAAGGCUCACAAUCUGCAGAACCCGGAGAACAAGAAGGAAAUCAUAUGUGAUGACAACUUCAAGGCGAUAUUCAAUGUCGACAAGAUCGACAUGUUCAAAAUGAAUAAGGUGCUUGGACAACAUCUCGACGAACCAUAG